GUCGGGACAGGCCAUGGAUCUUUGCCAAUGGGUCCCAAUAGACCAGUGGUUUUCAACCUUUUUUCUAAGAAAUGUACGAGAAGCAAGGAUUUCUGUGGGUGAUCUCUUUUAUUGAAUCAACUGCAUAGUUGAGAUACAUUUAUACCAGCUUUCAAAUGCAAGGCAUUCUUCAAGGUCAUUCUUCUUCAGAACCUUGUUUAUACAGAAGGAUAAAGGGAAUUGGAAACCAGUCCUGAAAUUCAAAAAUAGUCAAAAUAAGAAAUUAGAACAAAUAGAAAAAGUAUUCUCAUUUUCCUUUGACCUUCUAUUCCAUCUUCCUGUGUAAGAUGGAGACAUUAUGAAUUAAUUUUUGUCUGUAACGAUACAGCUAUCUUAAACUAUUUUACUUGCAUAGUUUCCUUGCAGAGUUAAACCCUAGACUGGUUUUAUAGUCAUCUUUGCUCCUUAUGUGAACUAAUUUUUGCCUCAAAGAAAUUACAACCUCCUACUGACUACCUACAUUUCAUAGUAUGACCACUUUACUUUUGAAAUUUUCUAUACUAUUUGGAAUUAUCCAUUAUUGCUUAUUAAAAAUGUAAGAGCUCAUCUCUACCAGCAGAUGCAUGUCGUUCUAAAAAAAUGCAGUAGCAGCUUACUAAAUAAGAUAUAAAUGACAAGUGCACUUCAACAUAUGUCUGCAACAGUGUAGAAUUAGUCUUUUGACAAACGUAAGUACAUCUGAUUAAUUCCACAUCAAUUUUCAGGUCUUUGACAUGAUGAAAUGUAUGUGUAUGAUAUUGUUAUGAUCAAUAAUACUGGGAUAGAAUUAGGAUUGUUGUUGAAACACCUUAAUUGUACAGUUCCAAACUUAAAGAGAAAAGGAGGAAAAAAACCCACUUGCAGAGCUUUUAAAUUUUAGUUUAUCUUUGAAAUUACUAGAGUCUAUCACAUUUAAGAAAAGUGACUGGUUUUGAUAUCCCCCAAUAACAGCAUUACAAGGAAUAAAACAAAAACAAGAAGAAAAGUAGUUUCAUUUUGGAUGAGCUGCUCUUGGUUUCAAGUUCAGAUUUUUUCAGUGAAUGAGCAAGCUUUUAUUUUUUUCCUGGUGUGCAAACUUCAGUAGUGAAAUCUUUCAAUGGAUGUUAGUAAUUAGUUGCAAAAAUAAAUAUACAAAGGAUGUUCAAAUUGAUUCAACUCCCUCUCUCAAAGAGAAGGACUGAUGGAAAUCCAUUAUGUUUAUUUUUCAAAUAUUUCUUUGAAGCAUCCAUUAAAUCUUAGAGGUAUUCUAAUGAAUGACCAUAAAGGAAUCAUUUUCACUCAGCCUGUCAGGGUACUUGAAUUAAAACAUUUCUCUUCCGAGACUGUAGUUAGCCAGGGAGGAACUGAACCUCAAAGUUAUAGCUUAAUAUAUCUUUAUUAAACCUUUUUUUCAUUAGCAAAAUUCCUGAAAUAUCUGAAGUCAUCAAGGUCAUGAUGAAGUUUACACAAGGACUGAACUUUGCAGUGCCCAGUUUAUAUUUCAUAUGUGGACAUUCAAACAAAGUUUACUUUAUUUAGGGUAAACUUUGGGAAACAUGGAGGUUAAAUUAAUAUUGUUCUUGACAGUCUUAACAAAUUCAUGUAUUUACCAUUUAGCGGGCCCCUUGAUUUUAUCAUAAUGGUUUAAAUGCAUCAUUUUAAGAGCCCCACUUAAAGUAACCGUAGCAGUUUUACAGCUUUUGUAGGCAGUCAAGGAUGCUAAAAUCAAUUCAGAGCAAACAAAAAGGCAUCUCUUGUAAAUAAAUACCCAUCUUUCAGGCACAGCGUACGUCAAAGACCUCUGAAUUAAAAGUAAUAGAGAUGUUUUAUAACAGUUGCCAACAUGUUUGACUUACCACCAAAAAUUAAUUUGUAUUGGGAAAUCAGGAAAUAUGCACAGAGGGUCAAACAUUACAAAGGUAGUUAUAUUCUCUGUAUUCUAAAGAUUGAUUUUUAUAUGUGCCAUUCCUAGUCUUACUUUUAUGUCUAUACUGGGCAGGCUUUACUAGUUUAGAAAUAACUGCAGACUGUACCACCAAAGUAUUCCUAGUGUGGACAUGGUUAUAUCAGCAUAAUAAAAGCAAGUGAAAUCAGCAAUACCAAUAGAAGCUCUGUUUGGGGAAUAUAAUUGCAUCUAAAGUAGGAGGUUUUCAUUAGUUCAGCUACAUCUGUCAAAGUUAACACCUUUAGUAUUCAUGCCCAAUGCAGGUAGACAAUAUGGGUGCGCAAAAUGAGCUGUAUUCAUUUCGGAUUCGGACAGAACUGGGAGACAGUGAUUCGAUCUGUUGAUUCAGAUCACUGUCCCAAUUUGAUUCGCCUGAAUCUGAAGAUUCAAUGCUGAUUCAGAGAAUCAGUGAUUCGGCCAUAGACAUAGCUUUAAAUGUUUUUAAGCUACGUACCUCAAGGUACCAGGCACGGCUCAUGAACGCUGAGAUGGUGGGGCAAAUGGAGUGUCCCACAGGAGUGCAGGGGGUCCCCCCCCCUCCGUGCCCCCUCCAGCUCAGCGAUCAGCCAUGGGGGGGGGACCCUGAGUGUCCCCCGCCAGACCCAAAAGGCACCAGUUGCUGAGCUUCUGCCACCAAGGGCACUGGGGACCCGCCCACUCUCCCAUGGGAUGCUCCAUCCACCCUGGCAUCUCAGCAUUCACGAGCACCUGGUACCUUGUAGUAUGUAGAAAAAACAUUUAAAGCUGUGUCUAUAUCUGAAUUAUCGAAUCUCUCCGCAUUGAUUCAGAGGGAUCUGAUUUAAUUUAGAGAGAUUAAAGGGUCUCCUGAUUCAAUUUGGAUUCAGCUGCCGAAUCGGGCCAAAUCUCCAUCUAAUCAAGUCAGCGUAGUUACAGCCAUUCCUAGACAUAGGCGUAAACUUUUUUUUUUUUUUUUUUGGUUUUUCUUUUUUUUUUCUUGCAUUUUAAUCUACCAAACCUAGGACUUGGAAUCAAAAUAUGAUUUUUUUUUCCUAGUUUUGAGAGAGAUCUUGGAUUCUCAUAUAUACAUCAGACUCUUCCCACGUAUACAUCAGACUUCAAAGAUUUGUUUCACUAUGUUUCCAAAAAGAUUGAAGUAGAGUAGCAGUUCAUCAUUAUCCUGUGAGGUAAAUUGCAGUUUUUUGGCAUCUAAAUGUAUGUGGGCUAAUUAAGAAACAUCCCAACAAAACACAAAUCAAGAUAACCUGAUUAUAACAAAGACAUUUUGUUAAAGCAGCUAUUUUUUCUGUAUCCAAUUUGACCUGGAAAUAUAGAAGCAUUAUUGAUGUUACUGAAUUAAAAUAGGAAGGAAAAGUAAGUAAUUUGUUCAAUUUAUACCCAUUAUUUUUAUUUUUUAAAUAAAGGUCUGUGGGUUAUUUCAUUGCUAAAAGAAUUGGGAGUGUUCUGCACAACUCUGAAGGUUAGCUAAGGGGUUUCUUAAAUCCUCAAUUUUGUCCUAUAAUUGACAAGAGGGAGGACUUUUUUUAUUAUUAAUCUGGUGGACAUCAAAGCUGUCUGCUCCAACACAUUCAGUCAAUAUCUAGAUGAAAAGAGGAAUGUCUUUCACAUGAUUAGCUUCUCUAGCUAGCCUGUAGGUGGGUGUGUUUAACAGAAGGAAGCAGUAGGAAUGAGCCUGUCAGCCUGCCUUUACAACUAAUUAGCUCAGCAUAUAACAAAGAUAAGCGAUCUGGGGAGGAGGACCCCCUGAAGGUUCUUUCGAUUCUGGGAAAUGUCUGAGUGGCAGAUGUUAAGAGAUCCUUUAGAAGUCCAGUGCAUCAAUGUACUGCACACAUUCAGCACAGGACUGGAAUAAUUCAGGCAUGAGGACACUUUUUGGGUGCACUCUGGAAAAGCAGAACCAAGAUGGACAGAACCUUGGAAUCUCUGCAACAUAUAAUUGCCCAAGUACUGCCUCAUAGAGACCCUGCCCUCGUAUUUAAAGACUUGAACGUUGUGGUAAUACUGCAGGAAUUCUGGGAGAGUAAACAGAAGCAGAAAGCUGUAUUUCCAAGUGAAGGCACAGUGGUAUACGAGUCCCUGAACUCUCCCGGUCCUCCAUUUGUGAGUUAUGUCACCUUACCCGGAGGAAGCUGCUUUGGCAACUUUCAGAGCUGCUCAAGCAGAGCAGAAGCAAGACGAGAUGCUGCAAAAGUAGCUCUGAUCAAUUCUCUUUUCAAUGAACUGCCCUGUCGCAGGAUCACAAAGGAAUUCAUUAUGGAAAGUGUUCGGGAAGCUGUAUCUUCAACCAGUGGUAAUUUAAAGGAUGCUGAUGAUCCAAGCACUAGCAUUGGAGCCUACCAUUAUAUGCUGGAGUCAAAUAUUGGGAAAACAAUGCUGGAAUUCCAGGAGCUGAUGAUAGUCUUUCAACUGCUGCAUUGGAAUGGAAGUCUUAAAGUCCUACGUGAAACAAAGUGCUCACGCCAGGAAGUAAUUUCCUACUAUUCCCAGUAUUCCUUAGAUGAAAAGAUGAGAAGUCAUAUGGCUCUGGACUGGAUUAUGAAGGAGCAAGAAUCUCCAGGAAUUAUUUCCCAGGAGCUACAACUGUCACUUCGAGAGCUUGAGGAAGCCAGGAAAGCUGGACAAGAACUGAGGUUUUACAAAGAAAAGAAAGAAAUACUGAGUUUAGCACUGACCCAUCUCUACAGUGAUCAAGUUACCUCAUAUUCAAACAAUGGUGAUCAAAUGAGCCUGACCCUAAACGGGUCUCACAGCCUUGCUGCCUUGAAGUAGGAUUAUAACAGUGAACUCUAACAUACUAAUCCUUGGUGAUUAGGCCAUGUAUGGAAGUAGUAGAAGUUGCUUUCCUUUGCUGUUUUAAAUUAUGAAACCGCUAGAAUUGAGAAAAUCUUAUUUUUGAAGGCAGGUAUUAUUUUCCUGCUUCAGGCCAGCACAAAAGUACUUUGGUCAUUUAGUAUAUUAAUGUUAUUACACUGUAGAUAGCUUGAGGACAUCCUGGAGAAAACUUAGUGAUGGCAAUUACACACACACACAUGCGCAAACCCACUUUCUGGCCUAACUAUGUAUAUUUGUUGAUCAGUGCAAAACUUUCCUCAGGUUACAGAGAUAUAAGGGAUAUUUAGUCUUAAUGCCCAAGACAGUCCUUCUGAUUAAAAAACAUAAAACAAAAUAGCAUCACUACAUUUGCAACAACACACUAUUACAGUAUUUGUUAUCUUACCUAGCUCUGUUAACACUAGAUCAGCAGUCAACAGCAUUGUCCAGUGGCAGGCUAGAAUGGCCCAGCUUGUGUCCAAGGUGGGGCCAACAUUAGGACAUAGCUGCUACCUGCUUCUUGCUGCUGUCCAGCUUCAGUGCAGUGUAUGCAAAGCCCCACCACCACCAAAUGCCACCAAGGCACACUACCAAAACACCAGCCUCAAUGGUUCACAUCCCAUAGGCCAUAGGUUGUUGACCUGUGCAUUAUUAUUUGGAUUACUGAAGUCCAAAAAUGUAAGCAAAAGACGGCCAACAGUAUUGAAAUGCUUUGUCUCCUACCAUGUAAAACAGUAUGAAUAAAAAAUACCAGUAGCUUAUUUGCAGGGAUUAUUUAAGGACAUGUUUCUGAAGCUUCAGUCUAGCAAAUCCCUGUCUUGGCAGUGUAGAUGUGAUCUUGUAGCUGUGAUGGUCCAGAAAAUAUGUGAGGAGCAAGGAUUCUUAUGAGUGAUAUCUUUUAUUGAACUGUGCAGUUGGUCCAAUAUUAUCCACAAGAGUCUUUGCCUCUCACAAAAUUCUGCCUUAACACUUUUGUCAUGUAUUUUUAAGUAGUAGAGAUGGGUAUUUUGAGACUAUAUGACUUUUUAAAAGAAAUGUAAGUAAAGUUAGGAUACAGGUAGGUACUGAGUAAACUAAGAGUUGUUCAGCAGGCAUGAUAGAGUUUCUGCUGUUAGAAGGAGAUGGAAGCCCAUGGCAAGAGAACUUAAUCUACCUACAGAGAGAAGAAUUUUACAAAGUGUCAGUUUUUUUGUAUAGUGUAUCAAUUCUUUGGGAGAAUGGUGUCUUUAUUCUGUGUUUGUACAAUGCCUACCACAAUGGGACCACUUUCGCAGUUGACUGCUGACAUCACCAAAGUAAAUAAAAUAAAUAAAAUGUGAUUAA